UUCUUCAUCGACACGCGUUUAUAAUUUUGACUGCUGGGCUGUGAAGUGCUGAGUGCUUUGUUGUUACGCAUGCAUUUUGUGCAAUGAGCGUGCGUGAUAAGCUGUGUUAGUUUUUAUCACCGCAUUGUGGCGAAGAAGAUCGCUCACUUAUCAGUCGUGAGAAACUGAACCGUCUAGCAACAGCACAAUAAUUCAGAAGAAAACUUAAAAUGACUGUCAGUUUCUGUUAGUUUUUGUGCGGAGUCGCGUAUUUUGAUAGUUGAUAUUUUGUUGAGUCAACUUCUUGACGACUAUAAACCACCUAUAUACCGCAAAAUAACGAUGACCGAUAUGGGUUCUCGUACCGAAUCUCCUCUGCCGGCACCGGGAGUCGACAUGGAUGAUAGUCGUUUCCGGAUCCGGCCGUACCAACAAAUUAUGUCCUCCUGCAGUGGAGCACUGGUUACUUCGCUGUUCAUGACCCCGCUGGAUGUUGUUAAAACUCGGCUACAAACACAGCAAAAGUUGAUGAUUUCAAACAAAUGUUACCUGUACUGCAAUGGUCUGAUGGACCAUCUAUGUCCCUGUGGUCCAAACGGAACUACAUUUGCCAAACCGAAGCUCCAUUUCACCGGUACGGUGGAUGCGUUCGUCAAAAUCAGUCACCACGAGGGUGUGAAGUCAUUAUGGUCCGGGUUGAGCCCAACACUGGUACUAGCGUUGCCGACAACCGUAAUCUAUUUUGUCGCCUAUGAGCAGUUUCGUUUGCGGCUGAAGGAACUGUACCUCCGAAACAGAGAUAAAUCCACAGAGCUACCUUUUUGGCUUCCACUGAUUGCUGGAGCAUCGGCACGGGUAAUGGCCGUUACUAUUGUAAACCCCUUGGAGCUCAUCCGCACAAAGAUGCAGUCUGAGAAAAUAAGCUACACAGAGGUUGGGCGAGGCUUUCGCAGUAUGCUUAGAAUGCAGGGAAUUUUGGGACUGUGGAAUGGAUACUUUCCUACAAUUCUAAGGGACGUUCCAUUUAGUGCCAUCUACUGGACAACGUAUGAAACGAUAAAAAAGCAAUGGAACGUAACACAACCCACGUUUUGGUUCAGCUUCGCUGGCGGCGCUGUAUCCGGCGGCGUCGCGGCAUUUCUCACUGUGCCGUUCGAUGUGGUAAAGACCCACCAGCAAAUCGAGUUUGGUGAGAAGUUCCUAUACGCGGAGAAUGGCGAAAAAUUAAAACCACAGAGAAGCGCAGGGACGUUUGAAACGAUGCGCAACGUGUAUGUCAGAAACGGAAUCAAAGGUCUGUUUGCUGGAUUGACACCGCGAUUGGUGAAGGUCGCCCCCGCUUGCGCCAUUAUGAUCGCCUCGUUCGAGUACGGCAAAAACUUCUUCUACAAUUACAACGUGGUUCGAUAUCAGGCCAGAAAAGAGAAGGAUCAGAACAAACUUAUCAGUACUAAGAAGCACACCGGCGUUGGCUAUUGAAUAUUUCAACCUGACUACUACAUUUGGAAAGAACCACACAUCAAACUCAUUUUGUUAUAUUUUAUUGUUAAAAUAUAGAUUGUACAGAAGCAUAACACUGAUGAAACAGAAACAA